AUGAAGUGCUCUCGUGAUCUAUCAGAGAGGCGGCGAUAUCUGUUUGUUAUCUCAAGGUACAACGUGACUGUCACACAGUGCGGAGCCCGCCAACUGGAGAGAUACAACAUGUUGUCCUGCAGUUUAACAGACACUAUGGAGCAGCAUCUACCUCCAUGGCUUUGCAACGACUUUCUGACUCACGUUCUGCAAAGCGAAGAAGACAAGCGUCACGUCGUGGUCUCAGGGUUCGAGGCCGUCCCUGCAGCCCCGCCCGGGGUCAACUAUGCGAGCUGCCUCACCCGCGUGCGAGUGCAGUUCAGGUACCAGGAGGAAGCCGACGAGCUUCAUUCCGUCUCUCUCAUCAUCAAGUCAGAACUGACGGAAGGCUGCAUCUGCGAGAUUUUUGAGGAACUCUGUUACAUCGAACCUAUAUUCUACAACAAGUUCCUCCCGGAAGCGAGUAAGAUUACCCAAACGUCCUUCGCUCCUAAAGAGUUUUUCUCUCCCAAAUUCUCCGCGAUGGUCCUUGAAGACUUAUCGGAACAGGGGUUCCAGACUGCCGACAGAACUAAACAGCUGGAUUUUGAUCACUGCAGGUUAUACGCGAUUGCUGCAGCUAAUUUUCACGCGGUGUCAGUCGCCGUCCACAAAAACAAUCCCGAACUUGUCGAGUUUAUCGGAAAGGAAAAGAUCUUCUCAAACGAUCUGAAAAGUACAGGUUGCUUUAAGUACAUGAUAAGAUGUGCCUUUGAGUGUUUGGCCGACCGCACUGCAGCGUUAAGCAGAUUCAGCAGGUACUGUGGGUUGAUCAGACGUACCUCUGUCAAUCUCUGGGAUAUGUUGGUGCAGGCUCAUCAGCGAAGUGAAGUGUUAAACACCAUCAAUCAAGGAGACCCUUGGACUACCAACAUGAUGUUCAGGUACAACGAUGAAGGAGCUGUGGCUGAAGUAAAACUGGUGGAUUUUCAGGCUCUCAGGUACGGUUCUCCUGUCAAUGACCUGAUCUUCUUCAUCUGGACUAGUGCCAACCAUGAGGUCAGAAGAAAUCGGCGGGAUGAACUGUACCAGGUCUACCUGGAAACGCUAAACAGAAGACUGAGAGAAUUCAACUGUUCCGAAUUCUUCACAUUUAUAGAAUUCAUGGAGCAUGUGAAGAAACUGAGACCUUUAGUAAUAUUUUUGAUGGGUGUGAUGCUUCCAUUGAACUUUCAUUCUCAUCCUGUAAACUUUGGUGCAUUUCUUCAUGAGGAAGUUGGACAAAGUAAUCCUUUUGAAAAAUACUAUAAUAACAGUUACUGCUCCAACCAUCUCCCAAAACUACUCGAACAGAUGGAAAUGGCUGGCGUCUUUAACUAUCUAGAGCAAUAUAGAAAGUGAAAUAAUGCAUGAACCUUUUUCAAACAGCUCAACAUGACGGAUGAACAUAUCUCUUGUACCUGCUACUUUUCUAUAAUUUAUUUGAAUAUAUUUUUAUAAAUAGCA